UUCACCGAUGACGUAACGAAGGCACAAUACGAAUGGGCGCCGGUGUUGCUGAUGGCUUUGGUUGUGUUCACGGCCGCUUUUGGCAUUGUUGGGCUGACCUAUACGAUUAUUGUGGAAAUUCUGCCGGCAAAGAUUCGCGGUCAAGCUCAAGCGAUAAGUAUGGUCUUCAUGAGCAUUUGUGUGUUUGGUGCACUUCACCUCUAUCCAAUGUUCCUCUACAAUUAUGGCCUACCUGUGACUAUGUACUCCUGCACGGGUGUAUGUGUUGUUUGUGGCAUUUAUUUACUCAUCUUCCUCGAAGAAACCAGAGGCAAGUCAAUGGAACAAGAUUAG